UGCCGGGUCUCUCAGUCCGGUCCCCUCCUGUCCUCGCUUCCCCAUCUCAACUCCUUCUUCGCACACUGUGGCACAUUACCACUCAAUCUCCCGCCGCGCUACGGUAUUCUCUCCCUCUCUCUCCAACGCCCCCAAAACGUCGCCAAACCCUCUUCACUUCCAGUCACCACCUUCAUCCGUCUCCGGCGUCGCUACUUGACCCUCUACUCAUCGCUGUCACUCAGUUACACUCAUCCACACAAACUAUCAUUGCGCAAACCUGUUCGCGACAGCGAAUAA